AUGAAGUACUACGCGGUACGGACCGGGUUUAACCCUGGUAUUUACACCAGUUGGAAGGAUUGUCUAGGGCAGAUCACUGGUUUCAAGGGAGCAAAAUUCAAGUCAUUCCCUUCCGAAGAAGAAGCGCAGCUGUUUCUUUCAGGGACUGAUCCCUCGCUCGAUCCUGCAUCGUCCUCAUAUACAGCGAAAUUCUACGGUGUUCGCAGCGGCAAGACUCCCGGCGUAUACACUGAUUGGGCCUCAGCUGAGCAGCAAGUCGUCGGCGUUCAGAAACCAAAGGUCCGAUGUUUCCCUACCCGCGAGGAAGCUGAGGCCUUUGUCAACGGCAGUGGGUCCGGUGGCAGUGAGGGAUCGCCGGUGAGCGUCAAUGGGCGCGAAAAGGCUGCCAGGAACGGUGCGGGGGAGAGUGUAAAGAGUUUUGGCAGAGACGGGUCUUCAUCGGACCCGGAACAGAGCACGCCUGCUCUAAAGAAGAGGAAGAGCGUGGGAAACAAUUUGGUGCAGCAGGAAAGUGUCUCCCCCGUGGAGCAUAUGCAACAUCAGCAACAGUUUCCCAGUGUGUCUUUAGCAGAUCCGAGGGAGGAAAACGACGGUUCCACAUCCGAGGAGGCGGAGCGCAAAAAACCGAAGCCGAGGGUUACUGCGAAAAAGAACUCCAUCCUCAGGAUUUAUACCGAUGGAAGUGCUCUCGGAAAUGGUAGAGAUACAGCUAUGGCUGGUGUUGGCGUGUGGUUCGGCGAUAGGGAUGCGAGAAAUAUUUCUGAACCCCUCAUAGGUCCUCGCCAGACAAAUCAGAGAGCUGAACUUACUGCAAUUCUCCGCGCCAUCAAUGUUGCGCCACUGCACCGCGAGGUGUUGAUUUAUACUGAUUCCAAAUACGCCAUCAAUUGUGUCACAGUUUGGCACAUCAACUGGAUAAAAAACAAUUGGAUUACGAGUGUGGGAAGGCCUGUGGAAAAUCAAGAUUUGAUCGAAAAAAUCCUGGAAAAGGUCAAGGAGAGAGUAGAGUAUGGUAGCCAAACGAGAUUCGAGUGGGUACAGGGUCAUACUGGACAUAAUGAUGGGAAUUCUCAAGCCGACAAGCUAGCGGUUGAAGGUGCGAGGAUGGCAAGGGCCGUCAAUCGGCCUUAG